CCUGCCCAUUUUUGUCUUCUCCACGACGCGAUGGCCAGGUGUGUCUUCGUCUGUAUGCUUCUGCCACUGUUCCUUCCCGCACUCUGUCGAAGAAAUCUCUCCACAAUUCGCUACCACUUCACCUCGUGCGGAAACACUGGAAGAGACGGACCUUCGUACGAAACCUGCAGGCAACACUACGAAUCAAUCGACUCGCCCCUACUGCGGGACGGCGUGUUCACGAGCGCUCACAGCGAGAAUUUCUUCGGGUCUCAGUCAUUCCGUCCUCCCAAAUCCACCGUCUAUAAUCUAUCCAUAGCUGCAGCCGCUGGCGGUAGGGGGCUUUGCAACGUCGAGUUCGGCCGGGGUCUCGUCGUGAACAUCAGCUCUACUCUCAAUUCGUCCGUGGACUAUUUGAUUCUCGUGGGCCAGCAGGGGUUAGGUCCGUGCGAUGCAGAUGACGGUGACGAACUAUGGACGCUCUGCGAUUCGCCUCCUACAGAUCUGGAAUCUGCCAACAGUUGUCGCCAGAAAUACGUAGACUGGUUGAGAAAUCAGUCGGACCUUGACUACCAGCGUACGCUCCGUCUUAGUGGCGGAGGAGGUGGAGGGGGGACAAGUUUCUUUGGGUUGGGCGACAUUCGACUGGAAGGAGAUGCUCGCGUACUCUGCAUCUCUGGAGGGGGUGGUGGGACCUCAGCUUUGCUCGACUAUUCGGCUCUCGACAAUCUUGUACCGGGGACCUCUCAUCAAAAUAUAAGUCUGUACAAAAGAUUUAUUAACGGAAGCACCUCAAUGUUGGAUCCAGAUAUUGCCGAUAAUUUCGGUCUGAGAGGGUAUCGUGUGAAUGUCCAAUCCCCAGAUGUCACAGCUGGGGCUGGAGGGGGAUUCUUUUCGAAUUCAUCCUUCAUCUCAAACCAACAAGACGGGCGACCGGCCGGUAGAACUGAGGAUUUCGCAACCGGCGGCAUUCAGUGUGCUCGUAACGACUUCUCACAGAUACCAAACAUGCUUCGUUGGGGAGACGGGGGUUUUGGGGGAGGUGGGGGAGGGUGUGGAGGGGGUGGAGGUGGAGGAGGAGUAACAGGGGGUGCAGUUUUAGGAGAUGGCAAUACAAUUCCAGGUGGUGGCGGAUACACAUAUGUCACGCUUUACACAGUAGGAUCUUGGCACGAGGGAGACGGCUAUGUGGACAUAGUGGAGGCAGACUGUGGGUGUGUCCACCGGUGUGAGGUGUAUGAGGAGGAAGACCAGUUCCAGUGUCUCUGUCCCAACGACACUCUACUGGCCCCUGACCUCAGCGACUGCUUCUACACUGUGGAGCAAGAUGUGACUGUCUAUAAUGAAACUCUUGUGUCAGCUGAGAGCUACCAACUGAGGCUGGUGGAAACAGGCAACACUACCAUCAUCUACAGCAUAGCUGCUGAGCUCAACAGUGCAGAUGCUCUAUGUGCCAUUGCCUUUUUGGGAGAAAACUUGACAGAUAUUGUAGCUGUGACUGAACCUGCCAAAGGUACUGAGAAGGUGGGGACAUUAGCUCUGACUACAUUGAAUGUGACAGACGGGACAUUCGCCUUCUCUGACUACACCCAGUGGUUGUCUGAUCCUCAGAUAAUUACAGGAGCUCUCCUCAUUAGCAAUGGAGACUGUUCGCUCACAGAUGACCUCAUAAACAUGACUCUCAGCCUAAAAGCUGACACGAACGAUUCUAUUAAGGAAAUCGGGGGAAGUGGUCUCCACCGCACAAUGUUGCGCGGCACGGCAAUGUCUCCGGAUCGACUUCCACUCUCCUCAGUAACCACGCCUAUGGAUGCUACUCAAACCGCAUUCCUACUAGAAGUACAAAGAUUUAGUUUUUAUUUCUGGUUCCAGGCUCAGGUAAUUGCUCCGGUUGAGACGCCGUCAUCGGUGGUCUCAGUCCAUUACGAUCCACAACACGAGUACGAAAUCCUGAGCUACUCUAAAGAUGAGUUGAAGGUGUCCAGACCGUCUGUAAACAGCCCUGUGCCAGCAUCUCUCCCUAUACUAUCAGCACGGAGCAAUCUCCGAGAGGCAGUAUUUGAAAGCAGUGUGCUCCUCUCGCCAAAGUUCGGCCACUCGGCCCCGUUUCACGAUUUCGUCGGGUACAAUCGCUCACGGACUAACAGCAACGUCCACGAGUGGCAGUUUCCUCGCUCCAAUCUCGUCUACCUUCGUGAGCUCGGGGAGGGCCAGUUUGGAAAAGUCCUUCUUAUGAGGACUCAGGGUAUAGCAGGGUACCAAGGGAGUAUACCAGUGGCAGUGAAGACACUUAACACCCAGGAACCAGACAUCAUUGAAAGGUUUCUGGAAGAGGCUGAGCUCAUGAAGAAAUUCUCUCAUCCUAACAUAGUCAGCAUACUCGGUGUAUGUACUGAUGAUAUUGAUGAAACCAGUGCACCACUUAUGAUACUGGAAUAUAUGCCGUUUGGAGACCUACUCAGCUUCUUGCAGAAAUACAAGUAUGAAGAAAAUCUGCCUGCAGGGAAGAAUGCCAAGUGGGUCGUACAGCAAGAGCACUUUUUCUGCUUUGCUAUUGACGUGGCCAGAGCUAUGGAGUUCUUGGCCUAUUCAAAGUUUGUUCACAGAGACAUUGCUGCCAGGAACUGCCUCGUUGGCACCAACCUGGUGGUAAAGAUAGCUGACUUUGGGCUGGCCCGAGGUGUCCACGACAAGGACUACUACCGAGUGGCAGGAACUCAGAUCCUUCCCAUCAGAGCCAUGUCCCCCGAGAGCUUGCUCUACGGAGUUUUCACUACUGCCAGUGACAUCUGGUCUUACGGAGUUCUGCUGUGGGAGAUAGCUACAUACGGCGAAGUGCCGCUGAUGGGAAUGUCCACUGAAGACAUGCUGCAGGCUGCACACAAUCAGACCCUCCUACACAAUCCACCUGCAGAGGCACCUCCAGUGCUGUCAUCUCUGAUCACCCAGUGCCACCACUACGACCCAGACCAAAGACCUUCUUUCACCUCCAUCCUCUCCCAGCUACCCAGCUAGGAGAACCACCAACUAUUGACAUAAAAUGUAGUUUUUGCCAUACUAUAUACGCCGAGCUCCAACGGCAGAAAUGGCAAGUUUACGUGUAUAGGCUGUUU